CAGCAGAGCAGAGGGAGAGAGAGAGGAACUCCGGCUGGGGCAGCGCUCCAAAGGCAGCGUGAAGUGCUUGUGUUUGGAGUACUAUCAAGACCAGAGAAGCCCUGACAGGCUUCAGCCAGAGAACUUGGUGUUGUCUUCAGCAAGGGUUCCACCAACACAGCCUCCUCCAGGAAAGGAAGGCCUCUCCAGAACCAAUCUCUCCAGAAGCCAGGAAAGGUAGGCCAGCUGCUCAUCCAGGGAAAGUGUCUCCUCCUUCAGUCCAGCUCACCAACACAGAGUCUCCCAAGACAAACUCCAAAGGAGAAGACCAAAGGCCAAGUACAAAAGACGAAGUCACAAGGUGAAAAGAAGAGGCCAGGCUGAUAUUGAGUUUGCUCCUGUGUUGGGUGAAUUGAGAACAAAGCUGGACAACUUAUGCUCAUGGCUCUCCUAGAGAAGCACAGAGUGAAGCGGCAGCGCCUUGACCGUCUAUUUGAAGGCAUUCGACCUCCAAUCAUGAAUGGGCCCAUGCACCCACGUCCAUUGGUAGCAUUACUGGAUGGCCGAGAUUGUACAGUAGAAAUGCCCAUUUUGAAAGAUGUAGCUACAGUGGCAUUUUGUGAUGCACAGUCCACACAAGAAAUUCAUGAAAAGGUACUAAAUGAAGCAGUGGGUGCCUUGAUGUAUCACACUAUCACUUUAACGCGAGAAGAUCUGGAGAAAUUCAAAGCUCUUCGAAUAAUUGUCCGAAUUGGCAGUGGUUUUGAUAACAUCGACAUCAAGUCUGCUGGGGAUUUAGGAAUUGCAGUAUGCAAUGUGCCAGCUGCAUCAGUAGAAGAGACCGCAGAUUCUACCAUGUGCCACAUCCUGAACCUAUAUAGACGAACUACCUGGCUUCACCAGGCAUUACGAGAAGGCACAAGAGUCCAAAGUGUAGAACAGAUCAGAGAAGUUGCUUCUGGAGCUGCCAGGAUUCGAGGAGAGACCUUGGGCAUUAUUGGAUUAGGUCGUGUUGGACAGGCGGUUGCGCUACGUGCCAAAGCCUUUGGCUUCAAUGUCAUUUUCUAUGACCCAUACCUGUCUGAUGGCAUUGAGCGUGCUCUGGGGCUCCAGAGGGUGAGCACUUUACAGGACCUGCUAUUUCACAGUGACUGUGUAACCCUACACUGCAGCUUGAAUGAACACAAUCAUCAUCUGAUUAAUGACUUCACCAUUAAGCAGAUGAGACAAGGGGCUUUCCUGGUGAACACAGCACGAGGUGGGUUGGUAGACGAAAAAGCACUGGCACAGGCCCUGAAGGAAGGAAGGAUACGAGGGGCAGCCUUAGAUGUACAUGAGUCAGAACCAUUCAGCUUUAGCCAGGGUCCCCUAAAGGACGCACCAAAUCUGAUCUGCACUCCCCAUGCAGCAUGGUACAGUGAGCAGGCCUCCAUUGAGAUGCGAGAAGAGGCUGCAAGAGAGAUCCGGAGAGCCAUCACAGGUCGUAUUCCAGACAGCCUGAAAAACUGUGUUAAUAAAGAUCAUUUGACUGCAGCUACACAUUGGGCCAGUAUGGACCCAGCAGUAGUUCAUCCAGAGCUUAAUGGUGCCGCAUAUAGCAGGUACCCUCCAGGUGUGGUAAGCGUGGCUCCAGCUGGCAUCCCUGCGGCAGUAGAAGGAAUAGUCCCCAGCGCCAUGUCUUUAUCCCAUGGGCUCCCCACUGUGGCCCAUCCUCCCCAUGCUCCUUCCCCUGGCCAAACUGUCAAACCAGAAGCUGAUAGAGACCACCCAAGUGACCAAUUGUAGCCUAAGAAAAUAGCAUUCCCAACAUUGGAGCUUUCAACUUUGAAGAUGACGUGGAAAAAAAUCUGGAUUUUUGAAUAGAGGCAAAACCAUGAACUUACAGGAGACCAUAAUUGUUUUAGAAACUGGUCCAAUAUACAGAUAUAAAAGGCAAAAGGUGUGGGAGGUGAAAAGAAGAUUUGGAAAACUUUUUUUCCUCCGUAUAAAUUGUAGUUUGUCCCCUGUCCAGUGGACUGAUUUCACUGUUUCUGUGUCCUAUGGGUUCUUUGUUAAGCAAGAGAAGUUAGUAGUUAAUUAUAUCAUGAAUGUACUUGUCUGUGUACAGUUUUUAGAACAUUAAAAAGGAUUUGUUUGCUUAGCUGUCAACAAAAAAGAAAGCAAAAAGGAGGCAUUCAGAAAACCAAUUUUGAGAUGAUUUUUUUUUAUAUGUUAAAACAUGCCCCAAAAUGAGGCAGUUGGCAAACUUCUCAGGACAAUGAAUUUUUCCCAUUUUUCUUUCUACGCCACACAGUGCAUUGUUUUUUCUACCUGCUUGUCUUAUUUUUUAGACUAAUUUAGUAAACAAAAGAAAAACCAUUUCUUCUGAUUUGGGCAUGAAUUUCCCUUCUUUCCAAAUGAAGACAACAUUGCAAUGAGAUUUUGAGGAAGACAGAGGUUUUGUAUAAAUGAGCAUUGUGCUUUUGGUCACCAGUUAAAGUAUAUAUUAUUGGUGGUUUGCGAAAAGGCACUAGACUGCUGAAGGGUAGCAGCAUUUCAUCGCCUACAUUGAUUCCUUCCUGGUAAUGUGGUAGGCUAGCAAUAUUUUUGGUUAAAAUCAUGUUUGUGACUGUAACCAUUUGUAUGAAUUAUUUUAAAGAAAUAAAAAUCCCAGACAAA